GAGGCCUCCAGCCCUCUGGCUCACCAUGCCGCGGGGCCCAGAGGGGCCGGUGCAGGUCUGGGUGGGCGGCCAGCUCUUCCAGGCCGAACAGGCCCUGCUGGUGGAGCAUUGCGGAUUCUUCCGCGGCCUCUUCCGCUCCGGCAUGAGGGAGGCGCGCGCCGCAGAGGUGCGCCUGGGCGUGCUCAGCGCGGGCGGCUUCCGAACCAUGCUGCAGGUGCUGCGCGGCGAGCGGCCCACGCUGGCGGCCGACGACGAGCUGCUCCAGGCGGUGGAGUGCGCCGCCUUCCUGCAGGCGCCGGCGCUGGCGCGCUUCCUGGAGUACAGCCUCACGACGGAGAACUGCGCGUUGCUGUGCGACGCGGCCGCCACCUUCGGGCUGCGCGACGUGUUUCACAGUGCUGCGCUCUUCAUCCGCGACGGCGCCCGGGAGCUGGCGGCGGAGCUGGCGCUACCCGAAGCACGCGCCUAUGUGGCGGCGCAGCGGCCCAGCAGCUACGUGGCCGUGAGCACGCACGCACCCGCGCCCGGCUUCCUGGAGGACGAGUCGCGCACGCUGUGCUACCUGGACGAAGAAGAGGACGCGUGGCGCACGCUGGCCGCGCUGCCCCUGGAAGCCAGCACGCUGCUGGCAGGCGUAGCCACGCUGGGCAACAAGCUGUACAUCGUGGGUGGCGUACGCGGCCCCAACAAGGAGGUGGUGGACCUGGGCUUCUGCUACGACCCCGAGGGUGGCACGUGGCGCGAGUUCCCCAGCCCACACCAGCCGCGCUAUGACACGGCGCUGGCGGGCUUCGAGGGCCGCCUCUACGCCAUCGGGGGCGAGUUCCAGAGGACGCCCAUGAGCUCGGUGGAGUGCUACGACCCGGCCGCGGGCUGCUGGAGCUUCGUGGCCGACCUGCCUCAACCCGCUGCAGGUGUGCCCCGCGCCCAGGCGUGUGGCCGCCUCUUCGUGUGCCUGUGGCGGCCGGCUGACACCACAGCCGUGGUGGAGUACACAGCGCGGGGCGACACGUGGCUGCCGGUAGCCGAGCUGCGGCGUUCACAGAGCUACGGCCACUGCAUGGUGGCCCACCGCGACAGUCUCUACGUGGUGCGAAACGGACCUUCUGACGACUUCUUGCACUGUGCCAUCGACUGCCUCAACCUGACCACGGGCCAGUGGACGGCGGUGCCUGGCCAGUUCGUCAACAGCAAAGGAGCGCUUUUCACUGCUGUUGUGCGCGGCGACACUGUCUACACAGUCAACCGCGUGUUCACGCUGCUGUACGCCAUCGAGGGCAGCACCUGGCGGCAGCUCAGGGAGAAGGCCGGCUUCCCGCGGCCGGGCUCCUUGCAGACCGUUCUCCUCAGGCUGCCUCCUGGUGCUCCGGGGCCUGUGGCGUUGCCGCUGCCAGAACUGUGACUCCUGGGCUGGCGUUAGGAGGGGACGGCCCAGGUCUUCCCUGAGCCGUGGCUGAGCGUGUGAGAUUGGCCUUAGGAGCUGCUUGGAACUUUCUGUUGACACACUCAGGUCUGGUGCCUUCUGGUAGUGUAGACAUGUCCAAGAACCUCAGGGAGCAAUGAACAUGCUGGGGUCUGAUCCUUCAAAUCACUUGGGUUCUGCUGGUGGGACACAACGCCAGUGAAAAGGAUUGGGGAAAGAGUGUUAGGAUUUGAAUAAUCCAGACUUGUAUGUAAUGGGUCAGUAAUUGAGCAUGGCUAGGAGUAGAUUAUGUGAUGUUAAUCAAACUGCCAAUCAAUAAACAAGAAUUAGGUACUUUGUGCCUAUUACACAGUACUAGGCCUAAUGAGAGCUUUAGUUGUCAUACAGGGGUCCAAGAAGCUUAUAGAGUCUAUCCCAGAAAAUAUCUUAACAUUUACAGGACAAGAAAAAGGUUUACACACACUUGUAAGUAAAUCCACAAAGGGUUGAAGUCAACAUGCAAGAUUUUAAAGAUCCACUCACAAUAUAAUAUUAGGUCGUUAAAUAUAAAAUGUCUGAUUUUCAAAUCAACUUUAUUAUAUCUCAAGCUGUGCAAUUAAAAUA